UGAAACUCUUAAGUCGAGUAGUAGUUGUUGGUCUUAAGAACUAGAAUUGUAGUGAGUGGUAACGCUAAGCAUUAACAUAAACUAAAAGCUACAUAAAAUGAAGGAACACUGCAUCUCUAUAGCGAAUGGGUGCAAUUGAACAGCAUACGGAAGCUGAAUAUUGUGAUUAUGUUAUGUUUAUAGUUGUUAAGUUCGAAAAGUUAUAUCUAAGUGCACGGCUUCUUAAUAACAAGUGGUUAGAUGGUUUAAAUGUGCUGUGUUCAAGUGGUUUGGUGCUGUUUUAAAAAUGGAUAACUUGGCAAAUAACAAUUUGGCUACAAAUCUACCUACUGAGGAAAGGGGAUGGGAGUACAAACAAGUAUGCGUGACCAGGGUUCCGGGUUACGGUUUUGGUAUCGCCGUUUCAGGAGGACGAGAUAACCCCCAUUUCGCGUCUGGGGACCCUAGCAUCGCUGUUAGUGAUGUUUUAGCUUCUGGACCUGCAGAAAGACUUUUGCAGGUCAACGAUAGAAUAAUAUCGGUGAACGGCAUAUCUCUACACAAUGUAGACUACGCGACGGCAGUCCAAGUGCUUAGAGAUUCAGGCGACACUGUAACCUUGGUAAUCAAAAGAAGAACGUUGCAAAAUCACCACGGCCACAGCGCCUCUUACUCGGGGGCGCCUUUGGCCGCAUUGGGCGUUAACCCGGCACCAUCCAAAGUAACCCUGACCAAAAACUCGAAGAAGGAAGAUUUCGGUAUCGUUUUGGGCUGCAAGUUGUUCAUAAAGGAGAUCUCUUCGAAAGCUAGAGAUCAGCUGCUGAAUUCCAACCAGGUUUUGGUGGAGGGGGACUUUAUAACGAAGAUAAACAACACGAACUGCAACGAUUUGAUGUCAUUGAAGGAAGCCAAAAAGAUUAUUGACAGCACCAAGGAUAAACUGCACGUGACUGUAGCGCGGGACUUUGGUUAUAAUUCGACCAUAUCGCACCAGACCCAGAGCUCCAUAAGUACCACAGGGGCUGUAAACAACUUCUACAAAGGCGACGAUUUUCUGACGUCCGGUCACCAAAGCUACUCCAAUCAGAACCUCUACGUUCAACCUCCAACUAGAAACCCCAACCUGAACCAAAACGGCGGUUUCGACGACAACAUCGUCAAAGAUUCCAACGGCCCUACGUCUCUCCCGGAUGAGAAGAGCAACUUGGCCCCCAGGGGGCGUUCCAGAGGUCCUCUGGACGCGAACAUGACGCAACUGGACAACAGAAACAACAUGGGAAGCUACGGAAGGUCCAAAAGCAGGGAGGAACCGCCCAGACCUCCUCCCCCAAGAGCUGAAGAUUAUUACAGUUCCAGGAGGCAAAUCUACGACGAAGACCCCAUUGUGCAGAAAACUAAACAACCCAUACCCGACGCAAGGUUCAUCACCUUCCACAAAGAAGGUUCAGUGGGUAUUAGGCUGACUGGAGGUAACUUUGUGGGAAUUUUCGUGACGGCUGUGCAACCUGGAAGCCCAGCCUCCCUUCAAGGGCUUCAACCUGGAGACAAGAUUCUAAAGGUGAACGACAUGGAUAUGAAUGGAGUGACUCGUGAGGAAGCCGUUCUUUUCCUGUUAAGUUUGCAGGACCGCAUCGAACUGAUAGUGCAGUUUUGCAAGGAGGAGUACGACAACAUUGUAGCCUCCCAAAAGGGCGACAGUUUCUACGUGAAAACUCAUUUCCACUACGAAAACCCAGCUAAAGGGGAGAUGUCGUUCAGAUCUGGGGACACCUUCCACGUCAUAGACACGCUCUACAACGGAGUUGUGGGUUGCUGGCAGGUGUUCAGAAUCGGCAGGAACAACCAAGAGGUCCAGAAAGGCAUAAUCCCGAACAAAUCGCGCGCCGAAGAGCUGGCAACCGCGCAAUUCAACGCGACCAAGAAGGAGAUGUCAGCGAACGAAUCGCGGGGCAGUUUUUUCAAACGUCGGAGAUCGUCGAACAGGCGGUCGAAAAGUUUGGGAAAAGAGCAUUGGGACGACAUUCUGUUCUCCGACACCGUUUCCAAGUUCCCGGCGUACGAGAGAGUUUUGUUGAAGCACCCGGGCUUCACCAGACCUGUCAUUCUCUUCGGGCCCAUUGCUGAUGUGGCCAGGGACAAGUUGUUGAAGGACUUCCCGGAUAAGUUCAUAUCUCCACAGCUAGACAACUCCUUAGACGAAUCCAACAGUAAGGCACCAAAAACCUCAUCCAAUAUCAUACGUUUAUCAGCUAUUAGGGAUGUUAUUUCUACUGGAAAACAUGCGUUACUGGACAUAACACCAAAUGCCGUGGAAAGGUUGAACUACGCGCAAAUGUAUCCAAUUGUAGUGUUCUUUAAGGCAGAUACUAAAAUUGUGGUGAAGCAACUAAGGCAAGGGUUACCAAAGUCGGCCCAUAAGAGCUCCAAAAAGUUGUUGGAGCAGUGCCAGAAGUUGGAUAAAGUCUGGAACCACGUGUUCAGCUCUACCAUAACUUUAAAUGAUAAUACUGACACUUGGUACAGGAAAGUGAGGGAGAUCAUUGAUAAACAGCAAAGUGGGGCCUUGUGGAUGAGCGAAUCAAAGCCUGAAGAAUCUUUAUCGGAUGACUUCUUAUUCCCGAUGUCUUCGUUACGUUUGUCCUACGCUAGCUCUCCAGAAAGCGAUCUGGAGCACAGCCCAGGUCCCAGGGAGCCAUCUGGGCUAUCUGGAAAUAACUCCGUCACUGCUGGAAGACUGACUAAAGCCAGUUCAGACCCCAGUGUGGUGAUGCCUGAUAGCCCUAAUGACGUUCUGCCACCUUACCAGCCCAACUACGACUCCCGAUACGGCUUCAACGGAAACAACCCCAAUCAAAACCCAGGCGAGAAUCAAACCUCUCCCCCAGACACCCCUUUAACAAAAGACCCCACCUACACCCUAUCCAACCCGGACUUAUCCACGAGCGUCGACCAAAACAUGCAGUACAACAAGAGCAGCUUGUACGCCGAAAACUACGGUAAAAUGGACACAAGGAACGAUUUUGGGCCUCCAAACGGGAGGGAAUACAAUUCCCCGGAACGUCGCAACGAAUUUAACGGCAACCAGCAGCACAAGAGGCAAGGAUCCAGCGUGCUGGGCCCAUACAGCCAUUCUAAGGCUCACAGUAUAGGUGACCAGCCACCAGCAAAAGAGAACCUAUACGGUACCGCUCCAGAUUUGCCUCCCAGGGUAGACCGAGGUGCUAAACCUAUGGGGUUGUUAACGACAACGAAUAAAAUACCCAACGGGCGCUCAGCCCACGAAAGAUUGUUCGGUACCAAAGCUAACACAGAAGGGACAGACCAAAAUGCCAAUAAUGAAAAUGGCGGAUUUAGUAAUAAAGUAUCAUCACUAGACAGAAGCCAGAACUCGAAAUCUGAUUCUCUAUCUAGCUACGACUCCUUUAACAAGCAACAAUCAAAUCCCAGAAUAGGGCAAAAUGCGCAUGACGAUUUGAAAACAACUCUUUCGAAAAUAGACCCGGUCCUGGGUACCAACCAAAGUAGCCCUUCAAAAUACAACUCGGGGCAAAGAUGGGAGCAAAAUUCGCACAGGCACGGCUCUAAGAUGGACUUGAAAUAUGGGCUUCCACCCGGUAACGACCACAAUUUGGAAGGCAGUCCCAGAAACUCCAGAGAACUAGACAAAGAAGGCAGUCCCAUGGACGCUAUGACUCCUAGAGGUUCAGUGGAAAGAGAUAUGUAUAGGUAUCCCAGAUCGCCGGCAAAGCAAGGCUUACCGCGGGAAACCAAAACGGACUACGGCAAAUACAGCAGAAACAACAACAUAGCCCCUCCCGAGUACACAAGGUCUUCUCACCAAGACUUGCGGGAAUCCCAGCUGAGUAUACACCAAGGUAGCCCCGUUAGAUCCCCCCCGAUGCACCUCAAUGGUUACCAAGACGCCCCCCCGCAAAAUGGGAACACUUAUAAACCCGUACCCCCUCCGAAGCCCAAGAAUUACAAGCCCCCCUACAACAAACAACAAGGUUACCCUGGGGAGGCCAUGAUACAGCCUCCGCUGUAUCACCACGGUAAAAGCCACAGCAACCCCGUGGAUCAGAGGAACCAAGGUGUAAACAUGGCGCAGCACAACUACUACUACAACACCCCCCCGCAUGGGUACGGGGGGUACCAAGGAGGGCACUACGACAUGGCCCCCCCGUAUCAGGAAUCCCCCAGAAGACAUCCGAGUAUAUCGUACGCUAGCAGGAGCGAGAUAACCUCUAUAAGCAACAUGUCCCAUCAACACGAAAAUCCUUACGCCAUGGACCACCAUGGGGGGGACAUUCUGGACUCCAGGCCUCCAGUGGUGGACUUGCAGGGCUCCAGGGAGCAACGGGGGUCGGCGUUCGAACUGUACCGGAAGCCCAUUGGACACAACAUGAGGGUCCACCAGCCAGACUGCUACGGUUCACAACCUAACAUAAACCAAGCACUAACAAACUCCCCAAAAACAAAACCCAAACUAACCAAAACGCAAUCCUUCAAACAAUGCAAAAGCGAGGGCUUCAGCACCCCGAAAUUCCUACGCAAAUUAUCCUUUAGAAGAAACAAAAAAGAGAAAGAUAAGGAAAAAGAAUCGACCCCGAAAAUGACGAAAAAAAUGCAGCAACAAAACGAUUUAAAUGCUAGAGCGAACGAACCUAAAAUGGUCAUGUUCAGCGACUUAAAUCAGCAUGAGCAUGAGAGUAUGUACAGUGAUCGCAAGAGUUUGUAUUUGCCUAAAAAUAAAAUAUACCAGGACAGGGAAUCGUUAUAUAGCGAAAGGCAAAAGUUGUAUCAAAAUAAAGAGUCGGUAUAUCAAGAUAGAGAGUCGUUGUAUCAAGACAAAUUGAAGAUAUAUCAAGACCGCGAAUCGCUGUAUCAAGAGAGGUUGAAAUUGUAUCCGGAUAAGUCCAGUAUUUAUCAGGAUAGAAUCACUGUAAUUCAGGAAAAGCAGAGGUUGUAUGAAAGACAUUAUCCUGACAAGAAGGUGCUGUAUCAAGACCUCAAAAAGGCUAGAGAGGAAGCGGAUAGACUGAAUCAAAACAAGAAAAUUUAUCAGGAUUUUAAGGAGGUUAAAGAGGAGGCUGUCAGGGCUCAGCUGCAGAGAAAUAACAGCUUUCGAGAGAGGAUGUAUCAAUCUUUCAGAGAAGUGAAAAGAACCCCGGAAAACAACAGAAUAUACCAAAGCCUGCGACAAGUCAGACAUGACAUACACAACCUACAAGACAACCAAAGAAUCUACGACGACUUCCUGCGAUUGAGAACGGAAGUUAAGAAGUUGCAAAACCCCGAAACAGUAGACCAAAACAAAAACCCCAAGGAGUCAGACCAGCAACUCUACCAAGACUUCAAAAAACUCAAGCUGGAAGUGGAAAAACUCAAAAACCCUGUGGACACAGUCCACGACCUCAAGCACUUCACAAAGGCGAGCAAGCGCGACAUAACUUCAGCCUACGUUUCCGACAGUGGUGCCAAGUUGACGAACCAGUACUGGGGGGUCACGCUGGAAAUACCCGAGGGCGCCAUACCCAAAGGGGAGUCCAGAGAGAUUUACUUUGUGGUCUCGGACCCGAGACUCUGUAACAACGGAAACUCCUCGAACGCUCCCCCAUUGGACCUGGAAAAUGGUGAGACCAUGCUGUCACCUCUAGUUAUGUGCGGGCCACAAGGUACCGAGUUUCUGAAACCGGUGAUUCUCAACAUCCCCCACUACGCCAACACGUUGCCAAGUUUGGCGAUAUCGCUCAAGGCCACCGACUCCGAACAAGAACUCAACACGGACUGGGACAACAUUUUGUUGCCUAGCAACCACGCGGCCAACAGUGUUGCCGUCAAGGUGGAUCAUUUUUAAGUUGCUCAUAUUUUUUUUUAUUUUGGAUUACGACUGAAAUUUUUUGUAUACUUUUGUUUAUAGUAGGUUUGUAAGACAUUGCAAUUUAUUUGUGAUUUAUAUUUGUAAGUUUUAAGUAUAUUAUGUAUAAUCAUAUUGUAAUCUAAUAAUGUAUAAGAUUUAAUAAAUAUUAUUAA